AUGGAUACUCCGCGUCAGAUCGACGCUGAUGCUCAGUCGUCCUCUGGCAAACACCCAUCGUCAAACGAGUCGUCGCCCGCGCCAUCAGCAGAUUCUUCAGCUUCCAAACGCUACAGGGCAACCAUUGCCGCUCCUGACUGUUGUCGCACUUGCAGGCUACGCAAGGUAAAAUGCACUGGCAAGUCCAAUACUGGGCCGUGCACCAAUUGUGUACGCCUCGAGCUCGCCUGUAGCUUUCAGAGCACCAGCAAUGCGGGUGAUUCUCAAGAUCGCGUGUCAAGAACCACUCCCAGCGCCAGCCACACCGAGGCCGGCACCCUACGCAAGCGCGCACAGAGAGCCUGUGGUCAAUGCCACUCGCACAAGACAAAAUGCUCGGGUGAUUUGCCUCGCUGUCGACGCUGCGAGGCCAGUAAUCUCCUGUGCGAGUAUACACCCACCAAGCGAAAAUUCACAAGUGUUCGCUACAAUGCCGCCAACGGCACCGAUGUCGUGUCCACGCCAUCCGAGACCGCCGUCAGCAUGCAAUCUACUGAAGAGGCGUCGGCCAAUAGCCCGACGACUAACACCCUUCAGGGCUAUUAUGUUAUGCUCUUAGACCCCAACGUUCUCAACGCCGAGUAUGUCGCGCUAUCAACCCCCGAGCUACCCGUCCUCGUGCUAAUUUGCAUCUGCAGGGACAAAAUGAUUAAGAGAGACAUCCUUUCGCGCCAUUUUGAAGUAUACAUGCACUGUCUCUACUGGAUGCCGAGUUUGGGGUUUCUCCACCCUCCUACAAUAUGGCGCCAGAUUGAUGAAAUGACACUUCACCCAGCCAAGGCCGCUGCGAUAUGCUCGGUAACAUGCUUCUUUGCUAAUCCUGGCGAAGUUGGUCGUGAUUUUGGCCAGAGAUGCUGCAACCAAGUUGAGGCAUAUCUCACUCGAAGCAUUGAUCGAUUCUCGGAAGAGUCUCUCAUGCUUACCACCCUAAAUACACUAUUCAACCUCUUUCUCGGCUCUUAUGCCAGAGUGUGGACAUGUCUCGGCAUUGGCUCCCGCAUCAUGAUUGGCUUGCAGGCGAAUUGGGAUUCCGGGAUAUACACAGGCCGCUCUUGGGUCGAGCAAGAGAGCUUGCGUCGGCUAGUGUGGCAGAACUUCUACAUGGAUCGGCUACUCGCCGGAGGCUAUGAUGAGUAUCUUGCAAAUCGCAAGGAUACCUGGAAGCUCCGGCUACCUUGCAAGGAGGAAGCCUAUCGCGGGAACUAUGCUGUGCUAGUCGACCGACUACACAUGAACCCAACUGUGAACAUGGUGGACGCUGGUUUGCAUGCUUGGCAGCUUCGGCUGUGUGAUUUGAGGCAUCGAAUUCAGGUGGCGGCUAAGCGAUUGACUCUUCCUCAAGUCAACGUUUCGCGACCAGAACCGUCGGCGGUCAUGUCGGAGAUUAGAGCUCUCCAGAAUGAACUCGGGCGUUUCCACAUGUCGCUGCCCAAGGAGUACAAGCUGAACGAUCGGGUCAUUGAGCACAUCAUGGGCACAGAGGAGCGCAACGGCUACAUCUACCUGCACUCUCAUAUUGGUGUCAGCCACGUAGACCUGUAUCGCUUUUCUCUGCCAGGCGUGCACGGUACAGCUCCAGAUCUUCUGCAACGGCUGCCGCGGGACUUUGUGCUCGCAUCGCAAAAGCAGGCGGUCGGGCACUCCAUCAGCGUCGCCACAUUUUGCGACGCGGUUCGACACGAGCACGAAAGGCACCCCUCCCUACUACCAAUUCGAUUGACCGGCGAUUACUCCAUCACACACAUGUGCACGCAGGCCAUUCGCGUGCUGGUCGUUGCGCUGUGCCACAACCUGUACCAUGAUCUUGCGGGCAAUACGACGAGCCCACCGUGGAGGGGCAUAAACUCGCGUGUAGUGACGGAAGCCGACGUGAGAGAAAUGAUCGACAGCCUGUUUAAAGUGAUGGAGCCGUGGAGCCACGUCUCUCGCAUCACUAAGCAAGCAUACGAUGCCAACAGGACCAUGGUGGAUCACUACUACAGGACGGGAAAGUUGAACGAGACUCCCAACUCGGUGCUGGUUGAGGCGACGCGCUUAAGCAUGACUUCGGGUCCAAACGGAGGGUCUAUCCUCGGCAGUGGCGACUUGUCUGCGAAUGAACAAUGGAGUGCCAGCGUCAACGUGCCUUCGCCAGACGACGGGAGCCUGAACGGCGCAGUGAAUCUUGGGUUCGAGAUGGAAAGCGGACCGCCUGGUGUGCCGCUCUUUUUGGAGCAGGCACGGAUGGCGCCGCUGGAAGAUAUAGGGCUGGGGUUGUACGACGGCGACAACUCGUUUGAAAACUCUCCGCUUUCUGAUUUUUCCAGGGACAUGAGCAGGGUUAUCCAGGAAGACGAGCGGCUUACGCCUGGUGGAGAGCAGGUGAUAAUGUCAGAGCGCACAUACAGCGACAAGGAUGUUUCGGCGUACCUGCGGCAUCAGCAGCGUCAGGUGAAUGGGUACUCGAACAAGUAUCUGAAUGGAUCUUCGGAGGGGUCGCAAUUUCUGUAUCCAGGUCGUUUUUGA